ACGACCAGUCUGAGCUACAUUCGUUCGAGGCCAGCGAGCAAGGGAAGCCACAUUCUUCCGGGACGCCGCAGCGCUUCAUGCCGGUGACGAAGCACAACUCGCCCGCGGAGUAUACCGUUGCGCUUCUUAGAGAGCGGGCGAAGUUGUUGACGGAGCUGGCUCAAUUGAAGACUUCGCCAAGGAAUGGAGGAUGACGGCGGCUGGCGAUGCUUGUGUCUGUCCCUGUGGAUUUGCAGCAGUCUAUGGACUCACUCCUUCUCUUUUCUUCCUCCGGUGGCACUCAUGGAGCUUUUUUCGAUAUGCUCAAGAUCUAGGUCCUGCAUAGUGGGAUUUGCGUAACUGUUGGAUCUGAGAACGAUUUAGCUGUCAUUAUAAUGUGUCGUCUUGGUUACUGGUCAGAAAGAAUCCUGUUUGUAUGGAAGGCCUCGCAUCUUGGAACCCGAUCGCAGAAGAUGUACGAGAAGCUCUGCUGCCGCGGAAAGAUUAAUCGUCGUACCCACGAGAAAGCCUCUAGCAUCCAUGCAGUCCAAUCAAUGGUAUUUCAUAUUCGUUUGUCUCUGCCUGCAGCUGGCGUUCAAGGAGACGCACAAGGGUAUAAUAAUCAGCCCCGGCGGUCGAUAUUUCAAAAUUGGGUUCGGUCGAGCAAUUCCCAUACCUUGCCGUGGGAUUUCAUCCUAUUCGAAAUGAGGAGUUCAUGCAUAUUAGUAGGAAUCAGCGUCUUUAUCAUUCAAUUGACAACCAUGCUGGCAAUUCGCAGUGAUCGUCUAUCUUCUGUAUCCUGUUGGGUAGCUUCCUAUUGCAUGAAGAUUUUGAGCUUUACGAUUUGUCAACGCUAGCCUGCAUAUGGUAGAAUUCCACGCGAGCUUAUGAUCCCUC